AUGAACUCAUCAUUGGCACUAAGUCAGAAUUCCUCAUUGGAAUCCGAUCAUUAUGAAAAAAAUUCCCAAGAGCAACCAAAAAAGAAAAAAGGUUCAGCAACAAACUUUCGAAAUUCAUUACAAAUUACGAGAAAACGUUCAAUAGUUUCUCGUCCACGAAAAGCUUCCGAAUCUGAUUUAAAUAAUCUAAAUCCAGAAAGUCAAGAACUUAUUCUACGUACAGUAGACAAAAUAAAAAGAGACGAUAGUGAACAUGUUAUUAAUGUACUCGAUGAAAGUCGAACUAUAUUCAGAAAUUCAUACGAAGAAUUUAAGCGCGAGCAAGACGAAUGCCGAAAACAACUUGAAGAAAUUUCGAAAUUAAAAGCAACAGAACAAACUAGCAAAGAAAAUGCAAUUUCACUUUCAAUAUUUAUGCACAGAAAAGGUGAGACUGCUGAUGUUCGUUGGAAUAUGCGUUUGGAUUCGGCUGUGAAUCCAAAAUAUCAAGCAUACUUUGAAGAACUACUUUCAUCGAACGAAAAUGAUUCCCAACAUCCAACAGAUAAAGCUGCUGUUCUAAAAUACAUUCGUCGACGUGAACGACAAAAACGUGCUGAAGAAAACAAAAAGAAUCAUGAAUUAUCCGAAGACAUUCUCGAAAAACAAACAGCUGAAAUUAUAGAAAAAAUGGAAGUCGUUGAUAUUAAAUUACAAAAUGAAAAACAACGACAAAAUGAGCUGUUACGCAUGCGCAUGCAGGAAAAUAAAAUAAAAACUCAUAAUAGAAUUCAAGCUAAUGAAAUUAUUGACCAAGCAAAUGAAGCUGAUUUAACGCGUCAACGUUUUGAAAACAUACAACGAGAAAAAAUUGAAGCACGUCUAUCAGCUGUACGUCAACGUCAUAGUUCAAUAAAUAUAAUUCACGUUCAAAGUAUUGCCAAUGAAAAUAAUAAUGAAGCAUUAAACGAGAAACAAGUUGAAGCAACUAAAAAAUCUCUUCAAUUAUUGAAUGAACAUGAUGAACAUCGACAAAUGCAUGCAAUGGCAUCAGUCUAUGGGAAUAAAUAUAAAAAUGAGAAAAUUCCGUCUAUUGAUAUUUAA